AUGGCUCGGUUGGAGAGCCAUGGGCCGCUGAUAGCCGGCAUCACCUGGUUCCUCUGUUUCUUCUGCGGCGCCUUCUUAGCCCUGCGUGUGUACGCCAAGCUGAGCCGGGGCCAAAAGCUGUGGUGGGAUGACUACAUCAUGAUGUUCUCUUGGACAUGCCUUUUUGUCGAGUCUAUCAUCACUCAGAUGGGCGUCAACCUGGGGUUCGGACGACACUACUAUGACAUCAACCCACAGACAAACCUGUUGACCAUCGCAAUGUACACCUCGGUCGGGGCGUCCGUAUCCUGCUUCGCCUCGACCGGUAGCAAGGUCGGCUUCGGCGUGACGCUGCUCCGGCUCACGACCGGCUGGUACCGGGCCUUCGUCUGGUUCGCCGUCGUGACCCUGACCGUCGUCAUGCUUCCCAGCGCGACCCUGACGUGGCUCAAGUGCACGCCGGUCCAGAAGAACUUCAACCGGCAGAUGGAGGGGUCCUGCUGGGACGAGUCCGUGACGCUCAACUACGGCAUCUUCAACGCCGCCUGGUGCGCCGCCAUGGACUUCGCCCUCGCGCUGGUCCCGUGGAAGCUGAUCUGGGGCAUGCGCCUGAGGAAGCACGAGAAGCUCGGCGUCUGCUUCGCCAUGAGUCUCGGAUGGCUGGCAGGCGUAUGCGCAAUCAUCAAGGGCGUCUAUCUCGUUCAGCUGGAACAGGGCGACUUUUUUUUCAACGGGAAAGACGUCACCAUAUGGACUGCUGUCGAAACGGCCACCGCCAUAGUGGGCUCGUCCAUCCCGGUGCUACGCGUCUUCAUCAAGGAAAAGGCGUCCACGCUCGGGUACGACAACAAGAACAACAACAAUAACAGUGCCCAGAACUCGGACGACAUGGAGCUCAAUACGUACCGCAGCGCCGUCAGGUCUACCGCCGUCAGCAGCCCUCUCGGCGCAAAAGAUGUGAAAGACGCGAAAGGGGGUAGUGCCACGGACGACAAGAAACCCGAAAGCCGGUUCUCUUUACAAGAGAUGGAGUUGAAACGGGAUGAUGUACUUCGAGCAAGGCCUGUCGAUCUAGAAAGUCAAGAUUUCGACCGGAUCGAGACCAUUGCCAAGAGCCACGAUCAGUUAAUGUGAGGC